AUGGCUCGCUACUCUCAUUACUUACUGGCACUGUUGUUCGCAUUCGUUGUAACACUGUUUUGGUUAUCAUGGGGCCUGAAAUCUUCCGUCCCGACAUUGGGACUCACUUUCGAUUCAGCAUCGUGUGUCCUUAACGACAAUGCCAUCACGGCAAACCUUUCAUUUCAACCUUUCAUCUCCCCCGACGACAUUGACGAAGCCUUCGCGGGCUCCGCAGCAUAUCGACUCCCCGCGAUUAAAAGCAAAGAACAGCUGGAGUCAACUAUAUUCCCCACAAAGCUAUGGCAAAAAUCCGGCAAUCACGGAAUCGACGAUGCGCGCCGUAACGACGCCAAGUCAUGGCAGAUUCAAACACCCGGCCUCCGACACGAAAUCCUCACUGACGGCAGCGGAGACCAAUACAUGCGCGAACAAUACGCCGACUACCCCGAACUCCUCAAUCUAUACCUCUCCCUACAAGUCCCAAUCCUCAAAGCCGAUUUCCUCCGUCAAUUAAUCCUCUUCAACGACGGUGGAAUCUGGAGCGAUCUCGACGUGACAUGCCACGCACCGAUCGACACCUGGAUCCCAGAGCAAUACCGAAACAAAACAAAUCUCGUGGUCGGGCUUGAGUUCGACGGCUCCCAGUUUGCCAGCUGGACCGUCAUGGCUAAGCCCAGGACCAGCCACGUUGCCAGUGUUCUUCGAUAUAUCGUUUCCCAGCUCGAGAAGUCUGCAGUCGACUAUAACACGACUAUUUCCGGCCUCACGAUGCAGACCAUCAGCGAUGUGGUGGACGUUACCGGGCCCCAGGCGAUGACCAGGGGUAUCAUUCAGAGCCUGGAGAGGGAAACGGGUCUUCCGGUUGGCCGGCCUAACAUUUCGAACCUUCAUGAGCCUGUCUUGUUGCAGGAUGUGCUCGUACUACCUAAUGCGGCUUUUGCCGCUAUGCAGGGUGGCUGGCCGACGGAUAGAGGCCCGUAUCUUGUCGAACAUCACUACGCUGGUUCGUGGAAAAAUGACAAGGGCGGCGAGGAGAAGGCAGAAGAAAAGGCUGAGGAGAAGGCCGAGGAGAAGGAGGAGGAGUUGGCAUAG